GAGGGGCGGGCAAGGGGCCUUGCAGUACAGAGAGAGUGCGUGUGUGUCAAAGACAGUGAGAAGGGGGAUCUUUCAACUAAUGACCACAUCUAGUGAAGUUCCCUAUGCUACUAGAAUUCGGGAAUCUAUCUGGACUCACUCUCUCAUCCCUUCAUUACCUUUUGUUGCCUGUAGCCUUGCAACUGACAGGUCACAGCUUGCACUAGGAGCCUUUUGCUGAAACUAUUCCAAAAAGACACAAUCAAGAUAAGUCAAACAAGAGAACCACCUGAAGCAGUUCCUGUCUGAAGAACAGCCAAGAAAAAAGCGUAGAAAACAUCACGUAAAACCCCCCCAAAAAGAGGAUUUGCGAGGCCUGAUUAAAAUCUCAUUUACAAAAAAUCCAUUUAUUUCCUAUAGACUUUUUUUUAUUUAUUGAAGAUAUUAAUAUAUAUAUUUAUUUAUUUUUUUGCAAACUCAUUUUUUUUUUUUUACUUUUGACCGCUGGAUUUUUUUCCCCUUGUGCACGCUUGUUGCUUAAACGCAGCAAUUACGUCUAUCUCUGUCCCGUUUAUCCAGUCCACUGGGACGACCGGAAUUUCGCCACCAAAGAUGACCUUGCUGGCUUCGGAGCGCUCACUGCUCAUCAGGAGUAAGUUCCGCUCAGUUCUCCAGCUGAGAAUGCAGCACCGGCGCUCACAAGAGCAAAUGUCUGAGCGAAACCUCAUGCCAUCUGUCAACAAAACACAUUCAACGUUCCCAGAUCAAAAUGGAAACUUGGGACAUAACAAAACAGAGGACUUCAUGAAAUGCAAGGCUCAGAACAAACCCCACAAAGUGGCUGCUGUGAAGAUGCCUUUUUCUGAAGAUGGUCUGGUUGAAUCAGAUGAACUUAAGGAAAAGAAAGCUCGUCUGGCUGAAGAUCUGAAUGAAAAGAUCCUACAUCGGCCUGGACCUUUGGAACUUGUGAAGAAGAACAUCCUGCCAUUGGCUGCCAGCAUGAAAGAUGGAAUAAAAGAUCAGAUCCAGAUCUCUUCCUCUUCUGAUACUUUUUCCUUUGACGAUGACAUCACUAGUUCCUCUUCUUCCUCUACUACUUCUUCUCCUCGUUUCGCACCUUCUCCUGGUCUUUCAGUUAAUCUGUCCCCAACAUCUACCAACACUUCCUUUCAGUUGGAUCUUCCCCAAAUAAUUGAGGUGAACCAGCAAAGUGCAGGAAUAAUCACAGAGGCUGACUCAUUGGCAACCAAUAGGCCAGCCUCUCACCAUUCAGCAAAGCUUUCACCUGGAGUUCCGAAGGUCUCCUCUAAAUCAUCUGACAUGGGAAAAAGCCAAAGGCAAAAGAAACCUAAAGAUGCUAAACCAAAGGUGAAGAAGCUGAAGUAUCACCAAUACAUUCCACCGGACCAGAAGACAGACAGGUCUCCGGUUGCAAUGGACGCAGCCUAUUCUCGUUUGCUGCAACAGCAACAAAUUUUCCUUCAACUACAAAUCCUCAACCAACAACAGAACCAAACUUUCUGUGUCCAAACCGUUCACCCACUGACUACAAGUAUCUCAGCGGAUCAGGUGAUUAGUUUCACAGGAGCAGCACCUGCUGGUGCACCUACCAUAAAUCUCUCCUCUCCAACUGGUACAGCGGCCAUGGCAACAGCACCAAAUUCAGCCACAAACUCUCCUCUGAAGCCGGAGAUGUUGCCAGCAAACUUGGAUGAUCUAACAGUUUCAGAACUUCGUCAACAUCUACGGAAAAGAGGGCUUCCUGUGUCAGGCACAAAGCCAGCCUUACUGGAACGCCUUAGGCCGUACCAAAUUGCCCGUGCCAAGACCAUUCCAGCCCCCAUUCAAAGUGCAGGCUUGAUAACUCCAGUCAUUGAACUGCCUUCCUUUCUAAAUCAAACUGCAUGUGACCCUACUCCUGCCACACUUUGCACAUUUCAAACAUCCACAUCUCCAACUUCUUCUGAGGGUCUUCACAAGUCAUCAGAAACAUACUGCAGCGUUGCAGAAAGUCCGGCUACACAUAUUGGAAUGCAAGACACAGACAUGCCAAUGCAAGGGAUUGAUGACGACCAAGUGCUUCUUGAGAAGCAAAAAGUGAUUGAAAGUCUCACAUGGAAAUUACUGCAAGAACAGAAACAGGCAGAAGAUCUCAGAGUAGAACUAGAGAUGCACAAACGCUUAAAGAACCGACGGAAAAAUGACAAGUUAAAUGCCAGGAUAUCCAUCAAAACAGAGGUAGAUGAAUCUAUGACACCCUCUUGUGCACAAGUUAAAGCUGAAGACUCGCAAUUUUUAUAUAGUCUCAACAACGACAGACCUGAGUUAGCACCACCUAUGCAGGAGCAACUCAUGAGCCCAGAGGUUAAUGAAAGCUACAUGGUUUUCCAUCCUCCUCCUUGUGAUGUGAUAGGACAGGACUUUGAGCUUCCCAUGCAGAUCACUGCAAGUCCUGAAAGUCCUGUACAGAAGUCUCGCUCCUUUGAGGAAGAGCUUCAGGAGGCCAUACAGAAAGCACAGAUGGCCCUUUGCCAAUCAAUUGAAGACAUUUUAGAAGAAGAACCCCUACUAUGCACAGAUGAAUUAAUGCAUGUUGAUAAUAACAUAACAGAAAAAAUGAAGCCUGAAAUUGAUCAUCAAAAUGUAUCACCUGCAGCCCAGAACGGAAAUUUUCCAAAACAGAUGAAUUGUUGCUUGGAUACACAACAACCACAAAUAAUGCCCAAUUCCGGAAUCCUGGAGUUUCCUGUGUCUUUGAAUUACGACUUCUUGUGUGGUCAGGAUAACCUUUCAGUUGUCUUCGCUUCAGAUCAGAUUGAUAUGCCAGCGUCUCCAGAUCCCCAGGAAAGCAGUAUGUCCCUGUCAUCCUCCUCCUCCUCUCCCUCAUCACGUGCUGCCUUUGAUCCAGCAGACUGGCUAGAAGCUCUAACAUCAGGAUCAACUUCCAACUUUGGCCCUGGCAGUCCAGUUGGCUCAAGUAUAUUCUCUACUGACAUUUUUGACUCUCCGGACUUAAGUAUUAACAGAAUGAUUGAUUUAAUGGUGGAACAAUGGUAAUCAGGACAAUAACAAGGAUAUAAACAGAUACAAACUAGAUGCCCCCUCUAUGUAACAAGUAAGAGAAAGAUAAUCUUUCUUAUACAAAUAGCUUUUGCUAGUCACAAUAAAAGGGGUGGAAUGUGUGGUCGAUACCCGGAACAUGUGAUGGAUGGAACUGGUCAAUACUGUAGGGACUGACUAUCAUGGCUGCACCAAUACUCAGUAGAGGCGACUGUCAAUCAAGAGGACUUACUGCUGCUUUUAUUCUAUCUUCAAAAAAAUGUCAUGUUUGUUCUAUACAUCUCCAAUCAAAGAGGAAAUACAAAGCCCAAUGUAACAAGAACACCAGAACACCAACUGCAGUGUUAACUGGAAAAAAAUAUAUAACAUCUGAAUUUAAACCUGUAUUUAAGAAUUAUCAACUGACAUAUUAACUGUCACAUUCAAAAUGUAGUUUCCAAGUACAGAAUGUUCUACAAUACUUUCUAAAUGGAUUAAAAUGAAGUUGCCUUAUUAAAUUAAACAUUCUCUUAUUGGCAUUUCCAUGACUAUUGGUAUAACUUACAGUACAUUGGUGCACAAUUUAAAUGAAACACAUGAUAUACAUUUUAUGUCAUUGCAGAUAUCAGGUUUCUUUUUGGCAUUACAUGAAAUGCAAUUUUCCAGUACUGUAAUGUAUUUUGAUCAGAGGACUCAGUAGUGGCCAGACAACAAAAUAGACGCUGUAUGUGGCCAAUUUCUGGGAAAAAAUCCAGUUUUUGUGAACAAACCGCGACAGCACAAAACAUCAAUCUUUUAUAGGUAUAUAUUAUGUAUUAUUUAUAAUCUUUGCUGCUCAGAUUAUAACAAUGCUGUAUGAAAACAAGUGCAGUGAGAUCACAAAUGGAAAAUACAUGUGUUAUAUUUGGGGAAAAGGAGACUUGUGAAACCAGGUUCCCCUACAGUUGUUAUGGUAACGUAGUAGGAUGCAUGGCUCCUUAAAGGAGAGAGAAAAUUAGUGUUAUAUGAGACUUUUGUAGCCAAAGGUUACAAAAGUUACUUCUUGGACCAUCAAAUAAAUGUGAAGAUAACAGAUGAGCUAAGCUUGUUUUGGAAACGAAGUUGAGUUGAAAGAUGUACAAAUGUUUUUCUUACGAUUUUAUUCAAGGGUGCUCAGGAUUUAAUGAACAUGUUUAUAUCUUUCUGACUUACAGCAUAUGGUAUAGACAAAAGUCACCCAUAUUAAAAAAAUAGGGUGUGUAUUUAGCAAGUAUGCAUUUUAUUAAACAUGCUUUAAUUACAGCAUUUGCUGUGAGGGUAUUUAUCAUUCAGAAAAUAAGUGAAUAUAGAAUGAAUCGGCUGCCUAUUAGUUAUAUGACCGCUGAAAAAAAAAGAGUUGUCCAACAUAAGAUUUAUCAAGCCUUGGAGAGUGAUAAAUUGCAUGGUGAUAAACUACCAACCAAUCAGCUACUAACUGCCAUGUUGAAGGCUUUGUAUGAAAAAUGACAACUAUGAGCUGAUUGGUUGGUACUUUAUCACGUGCAAUUUGAAUACAGUGGCUCAUUCUGAAGCAAAAAGAAAAUGCUACAACAGAGCAUUAAAGGCUGUUGUGACGUCUUUGCGCUUAUCGCCCAAUUCGGACAUCGAGUUGUGGGGCAAUGUGGCGUCUAUAGCAAAGAGGUAUUUUUUUUACUCUGAAAGAUGAACUAGAAUCAGGACAUUUUCAUUGUUUAUGAUUAAUCACAGUUACCUGUGCACGGAUAAUGCUACAAAGAUUGUGCUCCCGCAUGGAAAAUAUUGUAAUAAGCUGCUAGUAAAGGACAAAGGACAUACCUGAAAGGCUGAUUUGCGAACGCGGUAUUAACUAUAUUAGGUGCAAGACCAUUUAGGCACAUUAGCUAAAGAAAAUGUCAUAUUCUUUGUUAAGUAAAUAUGAGUAAUUUUUUAAGAUUAAUAUAAUCACUGAAACAAAAGAAGCCCUGAUGACCAAUUACCAUCAUGAUCUGUGUAAUAAAAUGAUGGUUGAAUAAUAUUUUGAUAAACUGGAAAAAUAUAAUAAAAAGAAGUGGUACAAGGGCGCUAUGUAUCAAGCAUCACAUUUUGAAUGCUAUGCAACCGGCAACUGUUUGCUUGCAUAGGGGCGUUUAGUAACACUGUAUGCGUGUACAAAUGUGAUUAAAAUAGCAAAAGACAGGUCGUCCUGUAAGAGAUGUCCUUUGCGAUGACAUGACUCCUUUUUUUAAGACCUGAUAGUACUUCUGUGCGUGUGCGGCUGUAGGUCAGUGCAUGCGUGAUCGGUGGGGGGACAGUGGAAGGGAUCCUAUUGAAUCCCGCUCUGUUAAUUAUGUGGAAUGUAGCCCAUAGGUUUCUGUUAGGCACCGCCACCCAUAGAUGGCAUUGCCUGUUGGGUACAAGUUCUGGAAAGUUUUGCUUUCUGGAGCUUUGUACAUAUGGGAAAUGUGAUCAAACCUCUGAAAAUUUCAGUUUUCUGAGAUUUGACCACAUUUUGCCAUUAGUACAUCUCGUACAUUGGGGUAGAUUUAACAAUGAGUGAUAUUCUUGUUAUCACUUGUUACAAAUGCUAAAUGGGGCUUCAGCCAAUCAGCUGCUAACUCUCAUUUUUCAAACACAUGAUUGUCUGAAACACCAUUUAACAUUCGUAAUGAGUGAUAACUAGAAUAUCACUUACAAGCCCGAGUGAUAAGCUGCAGGAUGAACUAAGAGUUCAAAUUAACCAAAGAACAGGCAAAUGUGUUUUGAUCACAAAGAGACUAUUUUAUAUGUUGGCAGCAGUGUGAACAUUGUCAGUUUAUUGCAGCUUUCUUGGCAAGAAUGAUACAUCCCUAUUUAUAACUAUUGUAUUAUGUCCUACGUAGGAAAGCAUAGAAUAAAAUGUGUAUUCCUCUCAAA